AUGCCUCUACCAGCAUUUCAGAGUCUCAACUUUGAUAUUGACAAGUACAUAAACCCAUUCAUUCCUGCCUCAAGGUUGUGUCGACUUCCAAAGCCUGUCUCUCGAUUCCUGGGUUAUCGAGACGAGCCUCGCCAACGUAUUGGAAACAUUGUCAACUGGCUUUGGUCUUUCGUUGGUGCCUUCUGCGGUACUGCGUUGAUAGCAGGGGUAUGCAAGUCGAGUGCGAUCAUACAAAGCCAUGCACCGCCAGUCAUCAUCGGUUCUUUCGUAAGGUUCCCUUCGGCGAUGCUUCGCCAAGGUGCAGCAGCCAUCCUUGAAUAUCAUACGAUCGAAUCUCCCCUCGCUCAGCCUCGUAACCUAGUCCUCGGCCAUCUUCUGGCUGCCUUGGUCGGCAUCGGCAUCACCAAACUCUUCGCUUUACUCCCAGAGGCUCGCUUUGAAGACCUGCGAUGGCUGGCUGGUGCUCUUGCUGUUGGUACUUCCUCGGUGGUCAUGGGCGCGACACAAACAGUCCAUCCGCCUGCAGGAGCAACGGCUCUACUGGCGGCUACAAGCCCAGAGAUAACAGCACUAGGGUGGUAUCUGCUCGCCCUGGUUUUACUGGGGUCCACCUUAAUGUUGGUAAGCGCGUGUAUCAUCAACAAUAUACAUAGGCGGUUUCCCAUCUACUGGUGGACACCCGUCGAUUUGAGUGAUAACCAUAAUGGAAAGGCAACUUCGGGAAUAGAGACAGUUGCACAAGCCGAAAAAGAGGAACAAUUUUCAGAUGCAGGGAGUCGGCGAGUGAGCAGGGUGAACACGCGAGAAGGAAUGCAUUUUGAACGCGAACACGAAAUCACCAUAACAGCAAAGCAUAUCACUAUACCAGACUGGCUCGAAGUCAACGACUGGGAAAGGAAUGUGCUGGAGAUCCUUAGGGAGCGCUUGAAGAUAGAACUGGACCCAAAAUCCGAAUGGACUGAGCCUACAGGCAGGCACUCGGAGGCAACCGCCGUCUCCAGUGAUGAAGAGAAGGCCGAGCCACCGGUAGGAAUACUUUAA